AUGUCAGGCCGAGCGCAUCUCGCUUCCCGUAUGGCGCUCGUCGCGGCCCCAGCUGCGCCCGUUCAGGCGCUCGUCGCGACCCAUAUCCCGGCCCCCAUCGUCGCCCCCCAUCUCAUUCUUGUCGCCGCCCUCGUUGCGACGGCUGAUUUUGGGGGAGGUGGCGGGGGUAACGCUGGGCUCGUCGCGGCCUCGCCUUGGCCUCCCGACGGUCCCGCCCGCCCCGUCGCCCGUGCUCCCGCUGCUGCCGCGUUUUCUGGUGCGCGGAGCAGCACCUGCAGCGCCUGCCGUUACCGCUCCCGCCACCCUUCGUCGCCUGCCCGUCGCCUGCCCCGUCACGACAACGCUGCUGCCGCGACUCCAGCUUCCAUGCCCACUCCUGCCGUGGGAGGGGGUGGUGGCCGUGCGUCAGCUGCCGCCGCUGUGGGGGGAGCUGGCGAGCGAGGUGGGGGUGGUUGA